AUGGAGACACAGUCGAACAGGCCUCACCGGGCCCCGAAGGAGAAGAAGAAACCGCAGAGAGGCGAGAAAAAUGUCAAGGCCUUUGCGGUCGCCAAUCCUGGCCGACUUGCAAAGCAGGCCGUGCGGACCAGCGACAUCAAAGAGAAGAGACUGCAUGUGCCUCAGGUCGACCGACUCCCUGAAGAAGCACCUCCCAUUGUCGUCGCCGUGGUCGGCCCUCCUGGUGUUGGGAAAACAACACUCAUCAAGAGUCUCAUCAAACGAUACACCAAACAGACACUAUCACAUCCCACUGGGCCCCUUACGGUCGUGACCUCGAAACGACGUCGCCUAACCUUCUUCGAAUGUCCCUCCGACUCCCUCGCCGCUAUGAUCGACGUUGCAAAAAUCGCCGAUAUUGUGCUGCUCAUGAUUGAUGGGAACUAUGGAUUUGAGAUGGAGACGAUGGAAUUCCUGAAUGCACUCAGUGUGUCCGGUAUGCCGGGAAACGUCUUCGGCAUUCUCACACACCUGGACCUGUUCAAGAAGCAGAGUACACUACGCAUGGCCAAAAAGAGGUUAAAACACAGGUUCUGGUCCGAGCUGUAUCAAGGUGCAAAACUGUUCUACCUCUCCGGCGUGAUCAAUGGCAGAUACCCGGACCGUGAGGUGCAUAACUUGUCACGCUUCCUUUCCGUCAUGAAGAACCCGAGACCCUUGGUCUGGAGGAACAGCCAUCCUUAUUGCCUGGCAGACCGUUUCCUUGACGUUACGCCCCCAACCGAGAUCGAAAAGAAUGAAAAGUGUGAUAGACAGGUCGCCUUGUACGGAUAUCUUCGAGGCACCAAUUUCCCGGCGGAACAAGCGAGAGUCCACGUUCCUGGAGUCGGAGACUUGACCGUGAAGGAGAUCGAGUCCUUGCCCGAUCCAUGUCCUACGCCGUUUAUCGACCAAGCCAUCGCCAAAGCCACCGGAAAGUCUAAGCGGCGGAAAUUGGAGGAGAAGCAAAAGGUGUUGUUUGCCCCCAUGUCCGACGUCGGCGGAGUCCUGGUCGACAAGGAUGCCGUCUAUAUCGAAGUCAAGACCAACACUUUCGAUCGUGAGGCGGGCGACGCGGAGGAGCGUGGUCUUGGAGAACAGCUCGUCAUGAAUCUACAAAGUGAACGCAGGUUGCUGGGAGAGGUUGAUGAUGGGGUCCGGCUCUUCCAGGGUGGUCGUCAACUCACCGGAGUAGACAACGCCGAGGAAGAUAUGGGCCGUACUGUCAAGCGAGGCAUCCGCUCCUUCCAUUCGAAUGGCGAUUUUGCCAAGCGUCUAGAGGAGGAGGAGGAUGAAGGAUUCGUCAGCGGAGAGACCGAUUCCGAAGGUGAGGAGGGAGAAGACGAGAUCACUGAAGCUCCGGAGCAUACCGGUCGAUCCGGUGUUGCAGAGGAGGAAGACAUCGACGCUCAGGAAGCCGACGGCGAUUUGGCUUUUGCUGACAGUGAUUCGGAUUUGGGAUCCAUUUCUGGUGAAGAAAAUGGUGAAGAUGAUCUAUCCGCGGACGAGGAUGAUGACGACAUCGACGACGAUGAUGAAGAAGAAGACGACGGCGCGCUGCGCUGGAAAGAGAACCUCGCCGAGAACGCCAAGAAGCUGCAUGCUAACAAAGUGGCUUAUCGUGCGGCGGACCUGUCCCGGUUUAUGUACGAUCUAUCCCUAGCACCGUCGCAAGUCAUUGCGAAGUGGCGAGGUGACGACUCUGGUCAGGGCAACGGCAACAAAGAAGAGGCAGAGAACGAGGACGGGGACGAGGAUACCUUCUUCAAGCGAGCCAAGACCGAGCAAGAAGCAGAUCUCGAGGACCGACAGACUCCUGUCUACGACUACAAUCGUCUGGCUGAGAAGUGGGAGGACGACGAAUACGUCCAGACUAUUAUGUCUCGCUUCACCAGAGCCUCUUUCGCAAGUGGGGCGAAUGCAGACACAGAUGAAGAAGACGACGAUGAAGAAGUAAGCGACCGGGAUGAUUCAGACGAAGGAGAUGGAGAUUUCGAAGAUCUUGAAGCCGCAGCGCCUGAGAAAGCGGACGCACAGCCGGAACUGACCCUUGAUGAGGAGCGAGCAAGGAAUGCCAAGCGGAAAGAAGAGUUAAGACUGCGGUUCGAGGAAGAAGAUCGGGAAGGAUUUGCUAAUGCGAAGAGCGAGAUCAAGUCUACAGAGCAGGAAUUCGGCGAAGACGACUGGUAUGACGCUCAGAAGGCUAUGCUUCAAAAGCAGCUCGACAUCAACCGGGCAGAAUUUGACAGUCUGGAUCCGGUGUCACGAGCCCGUGCAGAAGGAUUCAAAGCAGGCACAUAUGCCAGGAUUGUGUUGGACAAGGUCCCCUACGAAUUCGUGCGAUCGUUCAAUCCAAAAAUGCCUGUCAUUAUUGGUGGUCUGGCUCCGACAGAGGAUCGCUUUGGAUUUGUCCAGGUCCGGAUCAAGCGACAUCGAUGGCACAAAAAGAUCCUCAAAACGAACGACCCUUUGAUUUUCUCUCUGGGUUGGCGACGGUUCCAAACGAUGCCGUUGUACUCGAUAUCCGACUCGCGCACCCGCAACCGGAUGUUGAAAUACACUCCGGAACACAUGCAUUGCUUUGGGACGUUCUAUGGGCCACUCGUGGCUCCCAACACCGGAUUUUGCUGUGUACAAUCCUUUUCCAACGCCAAUCCUGGAUUUCGAAUCGCCGCUACAGGAGUGGUAAUCAACGUGGACGAGACGACCGAAAUUGUCAAGAAGCUCAAAUUGACUGGACAUCCUUACAAGAUCUUCCGCAACACCGCGUUUAUUCGGGACAUGUUCAGCUCAGCAAUCGAGGUGGCCAAAUUCGAAGGUGCCAGCAUACGAACAGUGUCUGGAAUUCGCGGGCAGAUCAAGCGGGCCUUGAGCAAACCUGAAGGACACUUCCGUGCAACAUUCGAGGACAAGAUCCUCAUGUCCGACAUUGUCUUCCUGCGGGCCUGGUACCCUGUCAAACCGCAUCGCUUUUACAAUCCUGUGACCAAUCUGCUGGAUGCGCCACCGAGCGGUACAGGGGAGGCCACGGACGGUGAAAUACAACGGGUUGAUGAUGGUUCGGGUGGUUGGCAGGCCAUGCGUCUGACUGGUGCUGUCCGAGCUGCCAUGGGCAUACCUACCCCGCUGGCCAAAGAUUCAGCAUACACCAAGAUUGAACGGCCUACGCGACAUUUCAACCCGCUCAAAGUUCCUCGAGCUCUUGCGGCGGAACUCCCGUUUAAAUCACAGAUUACCCAGCAGAAAGCGCGGAAAGCCCCGACCUAUCUUCAGAAACGCGCAGUUGUGCUAGGCGGCGAGGAGAAGAAGGCUCGAGACUUGAUGCAGAAGCUACAAACGCUGAGGAACGAGAAAGCGGAGAAGCGGGCGAAGAAACAGGAGGAAAGGCGUGCUGUAUACCGGAAAAAGGUGGCCGAGAAUCUUGAGAAGAAACAAGAGCGGGAGAAGAGGGAGCGGGAUGAGUACUGGAGACGAGAAGGACGGAAACGCAAGACUGCAGAGGACGGCGGCGGCGGAGGUAAGCGCUCGAAACGAUGA